AUGAGUACCGAAAUUGAUAAUGUGGAUGGUGUUGAUGCCCACUACGCGUAUUUCCGAUCAGUUUAUGGCCAACUAAGCGACUCUAUCGUGGGAGUGAGACUCCGCAAUAUCUACGACUACACCAAGAACAGUAAUGAGAUCGUUCAGAAGUCGUUGAAUGGCGUCGAGACUCGUCUUUACGAUGUCAGUGACAGUUUCCUUGCUCCUUUGUAUGAAAGAUAUUGUUAUCCCACUACAGAACGACUUGCGAAGGCAUCAGUGACUGGUGAGUAGUUUCCACAGUAUCAGUAUGUCGGAAAAAUAGUGAGCGUCUCAUCGAAAAUCGCAUCGUGCCGAGAAAAUGAAUUGUGUGGCGGCGAAAUCAUAUUGCUUUUCACUUCAGCGACGCGAUUGGCGCAUCGGCAUUGCGCUCACUGCUUUCUCAACAGACUGAUAAGACAAUGUAUUUAUGCAUGCUAUUGGGAUUAUCGUCUUUUCCAGGUUACGACAAAAGCCAGAAUUUGAUUCACAGCGCCAAAGAUCUUGCGCAAGCAGGAACAGCUCUGGGGCUAGGAGUGGCUGUCGUUAGUGCUCAAGUGGGUUUGAUUAUCAGUGCUUCGAUGACAAAUCUUCUUUUGGAUGGAGUUAUUUUGACUAAGGAUGUCGGCGUUGGUAUUGUAACGAAGACUAAGGCGUAUGAGAAACAAGUUGAGGCUAAGAUAUUCUCGACUGUCGAAAAUUGCAAGUCUAUUGCUGGAGUAAGCGCACCCCUUAAUGCUAAAGUUUUAUUGUAGGUUCCGGUGAACAAAGCGGCUGAAUACACCAACUCUCUUUUGGAUGUUAUGAAUGCUUUCUUGGACAACUUCCUUCAUCUCCCAGUGGAAGAAACAGAAAAUCCAGAGAGCUCUAUCCCUCAGAGAAUCCGUCACUUGACUUCCCGAGUUAGUCAAGCAAUCGUUUCGAGAACAGUUCAGCCAGCUCAACAACAGAUUGCCGUUCUGUUGGAAAACCUUAGAGCUAAGCUGACAUUAGUAAGCAAAAGUACUAAUAAAAAGCAAUAAUGAAACCUUGUCUAGGUGGAUACGUUGAAGAAACAAGGCGGGAAUGUAAAAUCCCAGAUGUUGAGUACCUCGCUGUCCGAUCUCUACGCAAGAAUCGAAAAAGAAGCUAAUGAGUUCAAAGUCCAUCCAUCUGAAGCUCUUCUGAAAUCGAUUCAAAAUUGCGCCAAGAGAUUAAAUGCUUCGCUGAAUGAUAUUGUCCAGAAGAGCUCCAAGGUACGAACAUAAGCACUCUGCAAUUGUUUGUUAUUUCAGACUCUUCCAUCUGCCGCUUCCGACCGUCUCCAAUCUGCAAUUUCAUACAUUGAGAACCUUGACCGGACUUUCGAGGACGCUGACAGUAUUCAUGCCAUCAGAGAUGAGGUAAGCGUGUUCCACAUGAUUCCAUUGUAUCUUUUCAGGUGAUUGUGGAAGCCAAACAAAAGCUGAGCGAUCUUCUUCAAAUUGUUCGUUUGUCUCCAAGAAAUCAAGAUGAUAAGAUUGACCUCAACGAAGAACUCAGUGAUUGA